CAAUUUCUUUCAUCCUUUAGUUUCGUCUCUCUCUCCCUUUUUGUCAGACACAGAGAGGAGAGAGAGAGAGAGACCAAGAAAAGGAGACUUUUGUUUGAUCAUGGGACAAGAAAGACCUAACGACGAAGAGAGACCAGAGUCACGUGAUCUUGGUGUCUACGGAUGUUCACCGCCUCAUUCGCCGCGUCUCGGCCCGACCAGGUUCUCCGUUUUUUCCGGAGACCUGAAUCCAAAACAAACGAUAAAGCGAUGCAAGAGGAAGAGAAUCCAAGCUUGUAACGAUCAAAGAACGGCUACAACAGCCAUUGGCGUUAUGGCGAUUUUGGGAUUCUUUUGCCUUGUUAAUUGGUUCAUGCUAUCUCGCCUUCACGAAGGUCGGGUCUGGCUUCGAAGAGGACUCUCUGAGAACCCGAAAUUUGUUUCUGCACAGAAUGAAGAGCGUAAAAAGUUCGAAAAGCCAAGGAGGAAAUAUAAUGGAACUUAUGGUAGAAUGUUGAGUUUGGCUGCUCAUGCUUUGGUAGAGAACAAACUUGAGCCAAAAGACCUAUGGCAGGAGCCUAAGGAACAAGCUUCGGCGUGGAAGCCUUGCGCCGAUCAACGUUCUUGGACUCCUGAUGAUGGCAAAAAUGGAUAUAUUAUGGUAACUGCAAACGGAGGGAUUAAUCAACAAAGAGUUGCUGUAUGUAACAUUGUUGUUGUAGCCCGAUUGCUCAAUGCGGCUCUCGUCAUUCCCAAAUUCAUGUUAAGUGAUGUUUGGACAGAUGCAAGUCAGUUUGGAGAUAUAUACCAAGAGGAGCAUUUUAUGGAGUACUUGUCGCCCGAUAUUCGGAUAGUAAAGGAACUACCAAAGGAGCUUCAAUCUUUGGACCUUGAAGAAAUCGGUAGCGUCGUGACAGAUAUAGAAGUGAUGAAAGAAGCCAAACCAGACUUCUAUAUGACACACAUUCUCCCUAUACUACUCAAGAACAGAGUAAUCCAUUUCGUUGGAUUCGGAAACCGCUUAGCCUUUGAUCCAUUACCGUUUGAGUUACAGAGGCUUCGAUGCAGAUGCAACUUUCACGCGCUAAACUUUGUCCCAAGAAUUCAAGAAACUGCGGCAUUGCUCGUGAGGAGAUUACGGGGCAGCGGAUCUUACGUUGCACCACUUGAUCUACAUCUCCUCGGUCCAAAAUCUUCUUCCUUAAUCUUGGACAAGAAGUCUGAUUCUCCUGUGCAGGAGGAGGCGACUUCUUCUUCCUCUUCUAAGUACCUUGCUCUCCAUUUACGGUUUGAAAUCGACAUGGUGGCUCAUUCUCUGUGUUACUUCGGAGGAGGAGAAACAGAACAGAAAGAAUUCCGAUCUGCGGAUGUUUUGAGGACAGAAGGACUUUGUCCACUAACACCCGAAGAAGCAGUGCUUAUGCUCGCGGCUCUUGGCUUCAACCGUGAAACCCGAGUUUUCGUAGCUGGUGCAAACAUAUAUGGAGGAUCAAAACGGUUAGCCGUGUUAACAAGCUUAUACCCGAAUCUAGUAACCAAAGAGAAGUUACUAACAGAAUCCGAACUACAACCAUUUAAAAACUUUUCAUCUCAGCUAGCGGCUUUAGAUUUCAUAGCUUGUGCUGCGGCAGACGCGUUUGCGAUGACGGAUUCAGGGAGUCAGUUAUCGUCUCUUGUAUCGGGUUAUCGGAUUUAUUACGGAGGAGGGAAAAUGCCGACGAUUAGACCGAACAAACGGAGACUUUCGGACAUAUUGCUGAAGAACAGUACCAUUGAGUGGAAUGUGUUCGAGCGAAGAGUGAGAAAAGCGAUUAGACAGACAAAACAUGUAUUCGCUAGACCUAAUGGACGCAGCGUUUACCGUUACCCAAGAUGUAAAGAAUGUAUGUGUCAUGCAUGAAUCAAUAAAAUUUGAUGAUUUUGUUUUUUUUUUUUUUGUUUUUGACGUCCAGUUUUGGGUCGAUUUAUCCUAUUUUUGUAACCUCUUAAAACGUUCGAGUUGAGUAUUCUGUAAUGAUAUAUGGUUUUUGAUUAUAUGAUUGAAGAGAAUAUCAAGAUUUUGGUGUGACAUUCCGAAUUACCAGACCGGAUUAUUUGCAGGUUUAUUGUUCUAAUCAAUCUAGGCAAAGUUC